AUGGUUGAAACAAAUCAAGAGCCCCGCAAAUGGGUUGGUUAUCCUUCUCCAAAAGAAGGCCCUAAUAUACCAUUUAUAAGAACGGAUGACAAGAAUCCUGCAUUCCGAGGGUGGCUUUUGGUGGUAGUUGGAUGGCUUGUUUCCAAAAUUGGGUUCAUUCAAGGUCCCUUAUGGAACAAUGCCAAAAUGAAUGCGUUGAGAGAUAUCAAGGGUUUGGAUGAGUACUUUGAAAGAUGGGAUCCUACAGUAAUUCCACUCGCGAUUGAUUCACCAUCUAAUGCAGCAUUGGAUGGUUCCGAUAUUAAGUCCGUUCCUGUCGUCCCAGAAGACUCGGCUGAACGAUAUCGUUCGGUGGCUGAAUACCACACCCUUUAUCGUACCGGAAAAUUAACACCACUAGCCGUCGCGGAAUCACUUCUCCCCCUGAUCAGGAGAGAUAUUAAUCCGCCAGGAGCUUAUUCCGUUGCUUUUACUGAGAGUAAUGUUGAAGAAAUCCUCGAAGCUGCCAAAGCAUCGACUCUGCGAUACCAGCAAGGCAAUCCUUUGAGUAUUCUCGAUGGCGUUCCCACUGGUGUCAAAGAUGACAGUGAUGUUGCAGGAUAUAGAAGUCACGGAGGAAGAAAAAAGAAUGAUUCAUUGUUCACUGCUGCGAAGGAGUCUACUUGGAUCGUUCAACAAUGGCAAAAUUCCGGUGCUCUUAUCAUGGGAAAACUAAAUAUGCAUGAGCUUGGUUCCGAUACUACUAAUAACAACCCAAAUUGGGGCACUCCAAAGAAUCCGCAUAAUUACCAUUAUUACCCCGGCGGUUCUUCCGGGGGUCCUGCUUAUGCAGUUUCUUCUGGGCUAAUUCCUUUUGCUCUUGGUUCAGAUGGUGGCGGAAGUAUUCGCAUUCCAUCAUCAUUCUGUGGUCUUUAUGGAUUGAAGCCGUCGCAUUCACGAGUUGAGAACACUGGAAGCACAGUUACUGUCAAUGGUCCUCUUGCAUCAACUAUGGCCGAUCUCGAAGUGGCAUAUCGAAUUAUGGCAAAGCCUAAUCCAUCUGAUCCGGUUGCUGCGCUAUUUAGUCCUCCAGAACCUCUUCGAACUGCACGUCCAAAAGUCAUCGGAAUUUAUAAAGAUUGGUUCGAUCGAGCCGAACCAUCUGUUCAUGAUCUAUGUACCAGAUUUGUGGAUCACUGUGAAAAGUCACUUGGUUAUACAGUUGUCCCAAUCACAAUCCCGUACUGUCCUGAGGGUCAGCUUGCCCACGCUAUGACUAUUCUCACGAAUAUGGCCUUACGUGCAAAGAAAUAUCCAUUCUCGGCCUCAGAUUGGCUCAAGGAUGCCACUCCCUCAAACAAGAUACUUCUCACAAUGGGUGCAUAUACUCCAGCUCGGGAUUACCUCCUCGCCCAACAACUUCGCAACCUGCUCAUGCAGCAUCUGUCUUUCCUUUUCAAGAAAUACCCCGGUCUCAUCAUCGUUACUCCUACUACGCCAAUUCCAGGAUGGGAAAUAGAACACGAGGGAGACUUGCAACACGGAGCAUUCGAUCCAAAUAAAAGUCUUAGGAAUAUGGAAUACGUAUGGUUGGCCAAUUUCACGGGUAUUCCGGGCAUUAAUUGUCCAGUUGGGUAUGUGGAUCCGAAGAAGGGAGAGGGUAAAAUUCCAGUGGGGAUAAUGGGGAGUUCGGAGUGGGGAGGAGAAGAAGUCUUGAUCGAAUUUGGGAAGGAGGCUGAAGCUUGGCUGGGAAGGGAAAAUGAAGGGGGUGGAAGGAAAUUGCCGAGGGGCUGGGUGGAUGUUGUGAAGGCGGCAAAGGAGAAGGUGGAUGGAAAAGUGGUUGAGGGAAAUUGA